UAGAAACGCUGAGAAGGGACAGCCCGGUGUCCCACGUCCAGCGCCGAGGCUCCAUGGCUUACCCUUUUUCUUCUCUUUCGCGGUAUUACUGGCAGAACGACCCUUUUUCCUCUGGCAUUAAUCAGAAACCACGUGAGAGGGAAUAUUAUGAGGACGACGAAAACUUUUUGGGGAUCGAAGGGAAAACCCUGCUCUGCUUCUGCGCUGGCGUUUUGGUUAUCUGUCUCAUCUGCUGUGCUCGAAUUCUCCAUAAAGUCCAAGAUGGAAGAUCAUGUUCUGACGAAGGGCAAAGCAAUUCAAAAGGCUGAGUUCAACCUCACACCAAACAUGAAGCUGAUUUUGAUCUUCAGUGCUCUCUUCGGGGCUUCCUUGUGCCUGGAAACUUUUGUUGGGCACCAGGUUCUCCGAAUCAAGGCAAGAAAUGAGGAAGAGGUUAAGCAAUUACAGCUUUUGGAAUCGUUGGAACACCUUGAGCUUGAUUUCUGGACAAGUCCCUCCAGCCCUGCUCUCCCCGUGGAUCUGCGAAUCCCCGCUAACAACAUCCAAGCAGUCAAAGCCUUCCUGGAGUCCCAUGGGAUCGAGUACUCCAUCCUGAUCAAAGAUCUGCAGGUUGUCCUAGAUCAAGAAAAGCAAGAUAUGGCCAACAGUCAACAAAGAGAACGUGCCAGCAGCACCUUCAACUAUGGAACUUACCACUCCUUAGAUGACAUUUAUGCAGAACUGGAUCAUCUUGCGUAUGAGUACAGUGACAUUGUCAGUAAGUUCGAGAUUGGGAGAUCCUAUGAAAACCGACCUUUGUAUGUACUCAAGUUCAGCACCGGAGGAACAAACCGUCGUGCGAUCUGGAUCGAUGCCGGUAUCCAUUCCCGAGAGUGGGUUACCCAAGCGAGUGCAGUAUGGAUAGCUAAAAAGAUCGCCUCCAGCUAUGGGCAGGAUCCAUCCAUCACCUCUCUGCUGAACAAAAUGGACAUUUUCCUGCUGACAGUCACAAACCCUGAUGGAUACGUGUUCACUCACACCACGAAUCGCAUGUGGCGCAAGACCCGCUCCAGGAAUCAAGGCAGCCUGUGCAUUGGAGUUGAUCCAAACCGGAACUGGGAUGCAGGUUUUGGAGGUCCUGGCGCCAGUAAUAAUCCCUGUUCCGAGUCUUACCAUGGACCCAGGGCCAACUCUGAGGUGGAAGUUCAAUCUGUUGUCAACUUUAUUGAGAAUCACGGGAACAUCCAGGCCUUCAUCACCCUCCACAGCUACUCUCAGCUCCUGAUGUAUCCCUACGGCUAUAAAUGCACUCAACCAGCAGACUACAAGGAGCUGGAUGCCUUGGGAAGAGCUGCUGCCAGUUCCAUCCGGUCCCUGUACGGCACCACAUUUACAGUGGGGAGCAUUUGCAAUACUAUCUACCAAGCAAGUGGGGGCAGCAUCGACUGGAGCUACGAUUACGGCAUCAAAUACUCUUUCGCCUUCGAGCUGCGAGACACAGGUCGCUACGGUUUCCUCCUGCCCGCCAGCCAAAUUAUCCCAACUGCACAGGAGACCUGGCUGGGUCUGGAAAAAAUCAUGGAGCACGUGCGAGACAAUCCCUACUAAAAGCUGGGGUGGGAGUCUGCUCUCUGUGCAGCAAGGUCAUAAAUCCUCUUCCCUUGAUGUGGUUGUGACAGCACCUGGCUGAAUAAAGACGCCGUGUGCGUUCCUCCUACAGCGAAUACAUCUGUGUAUAAAAAGCA